UCACCUUUAUUCCAGUGGUAAUACUUUUACCUCAUCAUUUUCAUCUUCAUCCUCUCUCAUUAUCUCCAUUUUCCUUUUCUUUCUCUUCUCAAUAAUAUUCUUACAAUAGUCAUUCAGUCAACUCUCAGUUCCAUUCUGAAUCCUGUUGAAACAGUUUCACAACAGGAAUAGAAAAUCUCAUUUUCCAUCUUUGGUCCAUUUCCAAUUCUGGUGAUACUUGAGAAAAGGUUUUCCAUCAAUUUGACGAAGUCAAAACAACAAUCAACAAACUGUUCCAACAAUUAAUAACUUGAGAUUUAAAUUGUUACCUCAAUGAGAAAGAAUCAGUAACCAAAUUAAAUUUGAAACGUUUAACCUUCAAUGUUUUACACAGUCAGUUAAUUGUUUCAUUUAUUGUCUUUUAAUUGUGUCUUGUUUCUUUGUGAUAAUCGAAAACCUCUUUAAUCAAUUGUGACAAUUAAUCAAGAUUAGAUUGAGAGUAAAUCAUUUCCUAUGGAUACAAUUCCCUUGAGGAUCAAUGUUGCAACUUUUUACCCAAUUUUGUUAACAUUUACCGGUUUCAAGUUAUUCUCAUGCUUGGAAAGCUUAAGAGCAAUUGAAAGACGUAUAUUAGAUAACACAAUUGGGAAUGGUAAUUAUGAUAGUCGGAUAAGACCAAGGGGCAGUAAUGUAACAUCCGAAAAAGAUGGUCCAUGCAAUGUCAAAGUUAACAUUCUCAUUCGAAGCAUCAGUGAAAUAAGUGAUCUUGACAUGGAAUAUUCGGCUCAGAUAACAUUUCGUGAACAAUGGCGAGAUGAUAGACUGGCCUACAAUGACAUGGCUGGACAGAUUCGAUAUCUAACACUGACCGAUCCCAAUCGAAUUUGGAAACCUGAUUUAUUCUUUCGAAAUGAGAAAGAGGGCCAUUUUCACGAUAUAAUUAUGCCCAAUGUUUUACUAAGAAUUUACCCUGACGGAGAAGUUCUGUAUUCGAUAAGAAUCUCAUUAGUUCUGGCCUGUCCCAUGCACCUAAAAUACUACCCGCUUGACCUGCAAACUUGUUCGAUUUCAAUGGCCUCAUAUGGAUACACUACUGAAGACCUGAUAUUCCAAUGGAAAGAAGGUGAUCCAGUCCAGGUGACCAAUAAUCUUCAUCUACCUCGUUUCACUCUUCAAAAAUUUCUUACUCUUAACUGCACCAGUUCAACGAACACAGGAUUCUACAGUUGCAUUGAAGUGAAUCUUAUCUUUAAACGUGAAUUCAGUUACUAUUUGAUUCACAUUUACAUUCCCUGUAUCAUGUUAGUCAUCGUCUCAUGGGUUUCAUUUUGGCUUGACCCAAAUGCUAUUCCUGCAAGAGUUUCGUUGGGUGUUACAACAUUACUGACCAUGGCUACUCAAAUAUCUGGAAUCAAUGCUUCACUUCCUCCAGUUUCUUAUAUAAAAGCAGUUGAUGUUUGGACAGAAUGUUGUUUGACCUUCGUCUUUGGGGCUCUAUUAGAAUUUGCUUUGGUCAAUUAUGUAUCGAGAUGCGAUUCACAAUUAACUACAACAACAGCGACAUCGUCAACUGUUACAGCUCCGACAACAACAAUAAUCACUCCCGCGUCGACAUCAAAUUCUGGUCCAAUAUUUUGCUAUCCUACUACCGUGGGCAUGGGUGGGGUGGGUAUUGGAAUGGGAGUUGGUAGGAACACGCCAACAUCAUCAUCAGCGGCCUUAUCGUCAUUGACCAGAAUAACCAAAAAUUCAAUUUUAGAUCCACCACCGAACUUGCCUGUUUUAACCCGUGAUCCAUUGGCCGAUUGUGAGGCCAGUACGAUAUUUGGAAUGAAACCAACCAAAAGAAAAGUUUGUCCAAGUAAAAAGAAUCGAUUCCAUGGUGAAGAUGAAGCCGAAGGAGGAUUCGGUCGGUGUGAUGAGAAUGAGCCUGACGAUCUAACGGUUUGGUUCAAAUGGCUACGAAAAUUUCCAACGCGCUCGAAACGGAUCGAUGUUGUUUCUCGGAUCCUUUUCCCCACAAUGUUUGCGCUUUUUAAUCUCGUCUAUUGGAUCACCUAUCUUUUUAUUGAUGAACGCAAAUAACCGUGAAAUUAAUUAUUAAUAAAAUCAAUUAUUGUUAAUACAACAAUUUGAUUCGUUUUCUAACACAAAAUAAUCAAAUUUUUCCAAGUUAAUUAUUAAAAAUUGAAUUUUUUUAAAUCCAGUUAUGAAAAUAAACCAACAGAAAAUGUAAAUCAAUUGAUAAGUUUAUUAAUUUACAAGUCAUUCAGA